CCUGGAGGAAGCCGGAGCUGAGGAACAUGCCAAACUGGAAGAGGAAGAAAUGAAAUAAUCAUUAGAGCUGGAUUUGGGCAAAACUGGGACUCGUAAUGAGAAGCAUGUGUCACAUUCUCCUGUCUCUGUAAAUCUAACUUACUUUUCAAGGGGCUUUGAAGUUGGAUUUACUGGUUUUCUUGAGCUGAAGGUGUAACUGGGAGACGUGGGAGGAGCCUGUGUCCUUGUAUGGGCUCUACGCUGCUGCUCUUUUCAUAUGGUAAAGAGUAGGUCACAUGGGGUAAUAAUCUUCAGGCUGUCGGUAAAGGGAGGGAAAGGAACAAGAGAAAAAAACACACAAGACACAGGAAGACUUUGCUCCAUGUGUGAGAGGCGGUGCUUUUCUCUACAUUUGGAGGGCAUUGGAUUACUACAUAAACAAAACAAGGACCACUAAAUGCUGCUAGAAUACUUCUAAUGUGAAUACCAUGUGGAUUUUCAGCUUUCCAACCAUUUCCAAGUGCUGGAUUUUACUUUAUUUUGAUCCUUCUUACAACUGUAGAGUGAAAGUGCAAGCAGCCAGUGUCAGCUUGUGACGACUUGCUUUUGUAUUGUUGGUGGGGGGAAAAGAGCCAAAAUGCCAACCAAUUUCACAGUUGUUCCUGUAGAAGAUACAGAGGCACCAAGCAGCAGUAAUGCUACCAGCUCUCCAGAGGCUAAACCUGUUAGUUUAGGACAAAUAUUUGAAAGAACUGGACAAGAAACGACAGUGGACAACCAGCAAGGAGCUCAAAUAGAUGAUGUUGAAGGUGAAAAAGAAUCCACUCCUUUCCUCAACUCAGACAAUGGCAGUGAACCAGACUAUGAAGGGAAGAACAUGGCUCUGUUUGAGGAGGAAAUGGACAGUGCCCCCAUGGUGUCCUCUCUUCUCAGUAAACUGGCCAACUACACCAACCUCACUCAGGGGGUCCGUGAGCACGAGGAAUAUGAAGACGGAGUCAGGAAAGUCACUGCCACGGUUCCCCCCAUGGGCACGUUCAUUGGCGUGUACCUGCCCUGUAUGCAGAACAUCCUGGGGGUCAUCCUCUUCAUCCGCCUGGCCUGGAUCGUCGGGACAGCGGGAAUCCUGGGCUCUUUUGCCAUUGUCUCCAUAUGCUGCAUCUGUACUUUGCUAACAGCAAUCUCAAUGAGUGCAAUUGCUACAAAUGGAGUUGUUCCAGCUGGUGGUUCCUACUACAUGAUAUCCCGAUCUUUGGGUCCGGAGUUUGGGGGUGCAGUGGGUCUAUGCUUCUACCUUGGGACAACAUUUGCUGGAUCCAUGUACAUUCUGGGAACCAUUGAGAUCCUGCUGACCUACAUUGUUCCGUCCACAAGAGUAUUUGAAGCUCAAAAUAAAGAGGGUGAAGCCACAGCGUGGGCCAAUAACAUGCGAGUCUUCGGUACAGGCUGCCUGCUCGUUAUGGCACUGGUUGUCUUUGUUGGAGUUAAGUAUGUAAACAAACUUGCCCUUGUGUUUCUGUCCUGUGUGAUUCUCUCCAUUUUGGCCACUUACGCCGGAGUCAUCAAAACGCUCCUCGAACCUCCAGAGGUCAAUGUGUGUCUUCUGGGGAACCGCUCUCUGAAAAACGACAUGUUUGAAAGCUGCACUAAAACAGAGAUGGUGGAGAAUAUGACAGUGAUGACGCAGCUGUGGGGCCUCUUCUGCAACAACACCUGUGAUGAAUACUUUGAGCUCAACAACCUGACUGAGAUAAAGGCCAUACCAGGACUACUCAGUGGAGUUAUCAAAGAUAACCUAUGGGGAGACUAUGGCCCAGCCGGCUCGGUGCUGGAGAAGAAAACGCUGUUUUCUGCCCCGGCUAAAGACAUGUCCAAAGACAUCGACAAACCUUACGUCUUCAACGAUAUCACAACAUACUUUACUUUACUAGUUGGAAUAUACUUUCCUUCAGUAACAGGAAUUAUGGCUGGAUCAAAUCGUUCAGGGGACCUGAGAGAUGCCCAAAGAUCGAUCCCAGUAGGAACUAUUAUGGCUAUCUUGACUACCUCCUUUAUCUACAUUUCUUGUGUUGUAUUUUUUGGAGCUUGCAUUGAAGGAGUGGUACUAAGAGACAAGUUUGGUGAUUCUAUAGGAAAAAUCCCUGUGAUUGGGAUCCUGGCCUGGCCCUCCCCGUGGGUGAUUGUGAUUGGUUCGUUUUUCUCCUGUUGUGGGGCGGGGCUUCAGAGUCUGACAGGGGCCCCUCGGCUUCUGCAGGCCAUCGCUCGGGAUGGCAUCAUACCUUUCUUACAGGUGUUUGGUCAUGGGAAAUCUAAUGGUGAACCAACCUGGGCUCUGUUGCUGACCGUUGGUCUCUGUGAGAUAGGAAUCCUCAUCGCAUCUGUCGACGCCGUGGCCCCCAUCCUCUCCAUGUUCUUCCUUAUGUGUUAUCUGUUUGUGAAUCUGGCCUGUGCAGUUCAAACGUUACUGCGCACUCCAAACUGGAGACCACGGUUCAAGUUCUAUCAUUGGACCUUGUCCUUCCUGGGAAUGAGUCUCUGUCUGUCACUCAUGUUUGUAUCAUCCUGGUACUAUGCGCUGGUUGCCACGGUCAUUGCUGGCUGUAUUUAUAAGUACAUAGAGUAUAGAGGGGCAGAGAAAGAGUGGGGAGACGGCAUCAGGGGUCUAUCCCUGAAUGCAGCACGUUAUGCUCUCAUUCGUCUGGAGGAGUCACCAUUGCACACCAAAAACUGGAGGCCGCAGCUGUUGGUGCUGUGUAAGCCGGACUCAGACCUAUCGGUGAAACAUCCUCGGCUCCUCUCGUUCACCUCACAGCUCAAAGCAGGAAAAGGCCUGACCAUUGUCUGCUCAGUGCUGCAAGGGACCUACAUGACCAGAGGACAGGACGUCAAAACAGCAGAGAAAAGUUUGAAAGCUGCAAUGGUGGCAGAGAAAACCAAAGGCUUCCAUCAUGUGGUUGUGUCGUCAAACCUCAGGGAUGGGUUUUCUGUACUCAUUCAGUCAGCUGGACUCGGAGGAAUGAAACACAAUGCAGUCCUGAUGGCCUGGCCUGCAGCAUGGCAACAGGCCAGGGACUCAGCAUCAAGGCAAAACUUUAUAGAGACCGUAAGAGAGACCACAUCUGCCCAUCAGGCUUUGCUGGUGGCUAAAAACAUCGACCGUUUCCCGGACAACAGCAAGCGGCUGAGGGAGGGCACCAUAGAUGUGUGGUGGAUUGUACAUGAUGGAGGACUGCUCAUGCUGCUGCCGUUUCUAUUGCGACAACACAAGGUUUGGAGAAAGUGCAGAAUGAGAAUAUUUACUGUGGCUCAAAUGGAUGAUAAUUCAAUUCAGAUGAAGAAAGAUCUCCAAAUGUUUCUGUACCACCUACGAAUAGAUGCAGUAGUGGAGGUGGUGGAAAUGCAUGACAGUGACAUUUCUGCCUUCACCUAUGAGAAGACCCUAGUGAUGGAGCAGAGGUCUCAGAUGUUAAAACAGAUGCAACUAUCUCGAACAGAAAGGGAGAGGGAGAUUCAGAGCAUCACAGAUGUGUCACGUGGCUCCAUAAAGAGGAAGAAACCAUCAGCUUUUAAAGCCCCUUAUCAAAUACACCCUGUUACCAUCCUGUGUAUACCUGAGAACGAGGCCCAGUUGAUCCACGACCGAAACACUGCAUCUCACUCUGACAAGACGGCAAACUCACUGCCUCCAGAUCGAGUCCACAUGACCUGGACCAAAGAGAAACUCUUCAGUGAACGAGCCAAGCACAAAGAGGGCAUGGCUGUGAAGGAUAUGUUCAACAUGAGGCCUGAAUGGGAGAAUCUAAACCAGUCUAAUGUGCGGAGGAUGCACACAGCAGUGAAGCUCAAUGAAGUGGUGAAGAAGAAAUCCAAGGAGUCACAACUGGUCCUGCUCAACAUGCCGGGCCCUCCAAAGAAUAAGAAAGGGGACGAGAACUAUAUGGAGUUUCUUGACGUUCUUACAGAAGGCCUGGACAGGGUCUUGUUGGUGCGAGGAGGAGGUCGAGAGGUUAUCACCAUCUACUCCUAGUGCCAUAGCGCCAUCCUGUGGACAAAUUCAAUAUUACACAUUUCAAUUGUGAACUUACAUUUGAUACACGUUUGUUUGGUUGAAGAAACAAGUGCCAUUAUUACGGAGGACUCCCAUUGGUUUAUUGUACUUUGAUGUGUACAAGUAUUGUUUUAUGCUAGUUCUUUUUCAAGAGGUUAAGGAAGGUUAAUUGAGAGGACAUGGUAUUUAUUUUAGCACUACUCACUUAAAACAUUUUUAUGUUUAUUUUAUGAUAUAAAUGCCCAGCAAUAGCAUGUUUUAUUUGUACCACAUCUACUGCCUCGCUCUCUUUCUUUCAAGCAGUGAUAUGAAAUAGUGCUGGUAACUGUUUUUUUUAAGUUGUAUAUAUGAGUAAAUAUGCUUUUGAAGACA